UAAUAGCUGCUCUAGCUUGGCUGCACGAUAGAGACUUCGGAGGACUGCUCUGCAUUACGGCUCCAGAGAGCCUUUACGUUAUUUUCCGUCUUUAUCUUCACUCCACCGCGAAGAUGGCGUCUGGCAGCGGGACUAAAAACCUGGACUUCCGCCGAAAGUGGGACAAAGAUGAAUAUGAGAAACUCGCAGAAAAACGACUUAAUGAAGAAAGAGAGAAAAAAGAUGGAAAACCAGUGCAGCCUGUCAAGCGGGAGCUCUUGCGACAUAGGGACUACAAAGUUGACUUGGAGUCCAAGCUGGGAAAGACCAUUGUUAUCACCAAGACCACCCCACAGUCUGAAAUGGGAGGGUAUUACUGCAAUGUCUGUGACUGUGUGGUGAAAGAUUCCAUUAACUUCUUGGAUCACAUCAAUGGCAAGAAACAUCAACGGAAUCUGGGCAUGUCUAUGCGUGUGGAGCGUUCUACCCUGGAUCAGGUGAAGAAACGCUUUGAAGUGAACAAGAAGAAGAUGGAAGAAAAGCAAAAGGACUAUGACUUUGAGGAGAGGAUGAAAGAACUGAGAGAGGAGAGGGGAGAUACUCAUCCUUUAGCAGGGAAUCCUUUGAUAGAGAAUUUAUUUCAGAUUCCUGAUUUCCAGUGUUUUCUGGUCUAGUGAUCUUCUUUGAUGUUGAGAUGAACGGAAGUUGAAAUAAAGAAAAAGAAACUGUAGCCAUGUAUGAGAUUAUCUGUUUUCUACCUCUGUGAAUUUUAGACUUACUCCACCCUGCUUAGUCUAACCAACAGGAAUGUCUACACCCCUACUUAAGGAUUAAGUGUUGAGAAGGAUGAUCUAUGACAGACAUGUGCUAGCAAAUGACAAAUCAGAAACAACUGACAGACACCCUGGGCUGUCUUAUGUCAAGCUUAAGCUACCAUUGGUACAUGUGAGAUGCAGGAAGUGAUAUAAAAAAUGGUCUACAUAAUUCGCAUCACUUUCUCUGAGGGAUUUUAUCAGAGAGAUGGCUCUGGCUCUCUUUGGUGACAGAGAGGCCUUGGCGUGCCUCCAGCUUUUGUCCAGGUCUGGUGUUGAGCAUUCUUGAUAAGGUAACUGGGAGAAGCUUAGUAGUGUGGUUAAGGUUAUGCAUCUUCCUUGAGCUUUCACGGAGUUUAGGCGGAUUCCUUUUUUUUUCCUUUACCUUUCCGAAGAAUGCCAUCCACCUAGGAGGAUCCUCAUCUUGGAAUAGACCUUGUGGCUGAAAGGUCUCUAAACUCCCCUUGGCUCAGCCUAGGCCAGAGAAAUCUUAUACCCUUUUCCCUCUCUCUUCUUCUUAAAUCCUUCUCUCUAUAUUAAUUAAACCAACAUAAAAUUCCCAAAAUAACUUGAGUAUUUUUACUGGUAUUUGAAUUAAUCCCUGGCGAGCAUAAGGAUAAUAUGUUAUUAGUCAAAAACCCCUAAAUUUACCCCUGAUACCUCCCAAUGCCCAUUUGCAACCUCUUUUAUUUAUCCUGUACCUUCGAAAUUCCAUCAUUUUUAUAGUAAAUAUCAUAACUUACAUAGGAGUUUGGUUUGUUUUAUUUUUAAAUCUUUCUGUCUUAGAAUCAAUACUGGGUAUUGACUCCAAGGCAGAAAAACAGUAAGAGGUAGGCAGUGGGGUUAAGUGACUUCCCCAUGAUCACAUAAUUAGGAAGUGUCUAAUUCUGGAUUUGAAUUGAGGACUUCCUAUGUCCAGACCUUGCUCUCAAUCUACUGAGGCUCCAAGAUGUCCUCCAAGUAGGAAUUUUUGGUAGAUGAUGAUAGACCAAUGUCUGUGGAUGAUUAGUUUUCCCUCUUCUUAGUGAAGUUUGUUUUGGGCUCCUGAUUUGGAGAUUCAUAACACUGCUGUGGAUUAGAAGAGCUAAAGUCAUCCUCUGUGGCUCUUUGCAGGAAGAGAAGGCCAAAGCCUACAAGAAGGA